AUGUCUGAAUCUAUCCACUCGGACACUAACUCGAAAAUCGAGGCCGUCAACGACUCAAAGCACUGGUGGUCCUCCGGACUGCGUGUCAACAAGGACGACGCCCCUCCACAAAUAUACAACAGAACCCUAUAUCUUUCUAUCUUUGUUUUUGGAAUUCUUGGCUGCGCCAGAGGUUACGACGAGGGUUGUAUUUCCGGAACCGUUGCCCAGACCGCUUUCAUCAAGGAGUUUGGGCUCAAGGACCCUAGCAAGACCGCCUCUCAGCUGGCCAAUCUCAAGUCCAACAUUACGUCGAUGGUCCAACUGGGCUCCAUCGGUGGCUCUCUUGUGUCCAUCUACGCUGCUGAGGCGCUCGGCAGAAUCAGAACGUUGCAAGUGGGCUGCCUGGUGUGGGCCCUCGCUGCCAUUAUCCAGAUCACAAGCCACUCGAUUGGUCAGCUGUAUGCUGGCCGUCUGAUUGAGGGUUUCUGUAUCGGCACGACCGUUGUCUGUGGACCCUGCUACAUCUCGGAGUGUGCGCCAAAGGCCAUUAGAGGAACGUGCAACAACAUUUUCGCGGGAGCGGUGUAUUUCGGUAUCAUGAUGGCGUAUUUCGCCAACUACGGCACUGCGCUGCACCAAACCGGCCGCAACCAGUGGAUCUACCCAACCUCAAUAAAAAUCGUGCUGGCUGGCUCCAUCCUCAUUCUGUCAAUGUUCUUCUGCAUCGAGUCGCCCAGAUGGCUCAUCAAAAAGGGCAACAUGGAGCAGGCCCUCAUCAAUUUCAGCAAACUCAGACACCUCGAGCCAGACCACCCCUACAUCCUGUCGGAAAUCGCCGACAUCAAUGAACAGCUACAGGUCGAGAGAGAGGCGAUUCGUGGCACAUCGCUAUGGACAAACGUCAAGUCGCUCGUGACGGUGAAGAGCAUUCGCAUCAGAAUGGUUCUUUGCUUCUUGAUCCAGAUCCUGGGCCAGUGGAGUGGAGCCAACGCCAUCACCAUCUACGCCCCAGAAUUGUUCGCCAUGGUCGGCAAGUCCAAGCAAACCGACAGAAUGAUGAUGACGGCGUUGUUGGGUGUCGUCAAGUUCACGUCGGCCUACCUCAGUGCGUUCUUCCUGAUCGACUUCAUCGGCAGGAAAAAAUCGCUCUACGCAGGAAUUACGAUCCAGUUGAUCUCGUCGCUCUAUUUCGCCAUUUACAUGACGAUCGUGCCGCAGGCCGCCGAGGACGACGUGGAGCUCAAUCCGUCGCAGGUGCGUGCGGGCAAGGGCGCGCUCGCCUCGAUCUACUUCAACGGAAUCGGCUGGACCAUGGGUUGGAACUCUGUGCAGUACCUUUUCAACUCUGAAGUGCUGCCAUUGCGCGUGAGAUCGCUCGGAACGGCCGUCGUGAUGGCUUUCCACUUUGCCAACCAGUACGGCAACUCCAAGGCUGUGCCUUCGAUGCUGCUGGCUCUGACCAACUAUGGAGCUUUCUACUUCUUUGCCGGCGUGUGUCUGCUCGGCCUCGUUUUUGGCUGGUUCUUGCUGCCAGAGGUCACGGGCAGAUCGCUCGAGAGUAUGGAGGAGCUGUUUGCCCUGCCAUGGUACCUGAUCGGCAGACGUGGAGCACAGCUGGCCCCAGACCACUCCGAGGUCAACCGGAUCCACUUCAACCCUACGGGCCACGGCAACGCGCACGCAGGCGACAUCGACAUUGUCAUGAAGGAGCAGACCGAGAACAUCGAGUACGCAGACGACAAGGUCGCCGACAGGGAGCUCGAGGAGGUGAAAUGA